GGACGAAAGAAGAGGAAGCAGCUUAAGCCUUGGUGCUGGUACUGCAACCGGGAGUUUGAUGAUGAAAAAAUACUUAUUCAACAUCAAAAAGCGAAGCAUUUUAAAUGUCCUUUCUGCCACCGGAAACUGUUUACCGGACCAGGACUUUCAAUCCAUUGUAACCAGGUGCACAAAGAGAAACUGGAUAAAAUUCCAAAUGCCUUACCAAAUCGAACAAGUACAGUGAUAGAUAUCUACGGAAUGGUUGGCAUCCCGGAGGUCGACCUCAUCGAACAUGAGCGGCAGAAAUUGGGGAUAGAAGACGAGGAACCUCCGGAGAAGAUGAGCAAGGAGGAUGAAGGUCCUUCGUUCUACCCCCCGUUACCACCGGCAUUGCCCUUCCUCCCAGGAUUUGCUCCCCCAAUGGCAGGAUACCCUCCAAUAGGAAUUUUACCAGCGGUUCAUAUGCAUCCGCCAGCAAGUACGUUGCAAAUACCACCUCCCCCGCCUCCCCCUCCACCGUCGGCCCCAGCCCCUCCUCCCCCAGUACCGAGCUCUGUCGCUGAUCAAUCACCUACAGUUACUCCAAAGGCAACCUUCCCCGCUUAUUCUUCGCCUGGUAACGCAGUGAAGACCCAGGUACCCAAGGUACCUAAACCAACUUCUGGGGUUAAUGGAGUUACUGUGGAACUUAUCCACCCGAGUGACGAUCUGUCUUUGGAAGAACUUCGCGCUGAAGUCGGUCGGUACAAGCGCUUGCUGGAGGCAGCGUGUGCCCCCCCGCCACCACCCGUGUGUGUUCCCGCGCAGAUGCCCUUGACGGGAGCCGUUGCACCGGUUGGUCUGGCGCCUCCCAUGGUCGUGCCGCAUACUACACCAAUGUUGUAUCCACCAGCACCUCCCCACUUGCUCCCACAGAUGCAGAUGGGUGGCGCCCCGGGGUUUGUGCCACCUGCGGCUUUCAGUGUACCUGUCUUGUUCGCCCCAACGGUUUUGGAAGCAGUAAGUGCGCAACUCUUCCCAGUAUCGUGGGUUUACUCUGGACCGUUGAGCGCUUUCCAAAUUUCGAAAAGCAUACUGGCUAAAUGCAACAUUCAACGGCCUCAAAGCCACUUUCGGCGUCCCAAGUGUCCCACCCACACCUUCGGCUCUCCCACCGUGGCCGGGAAUGCCACCGUUACGCUUUUGACGCAAGUCAGUAGCUCGUAUACCUAUGCGAACUUGUCUUUUGAUCAUGUUGUACAUUAUAAUUCCUUAAUGUGGAAUUACCACAGUUCAACCUGCUUUCCUUCCCUUUUCUUAAGUGUCCGGGAAUGCAUUAUAGGACAAGCUUCCAUGCAAGUGCUUAUUGUGCUACUCCUGAACGCUGAAUUCGUUGCCUAUCACAAGGCAGAUGGAGUAAAAGGUGAGCGCAACGUCCACCAACUCGCGUUCUCUAUGACACCACAAACGGAUCUCACUGAUUCUAAAGGACCA